CUCGACAGGCAUGAGUCCUGCUGCGAAUUGUACUAAUUUUCGCGACACAGACAAAGGAGGUUUCAACAUGUCGAAUGCGACGACGAAAGAUUAUGACGACGAUGAAUAUGUUGCCAAAUUACUCGCCGAAGACGCAAGGCAGAGUUCGAUCAAGUAUGCAUCCCAAGGAAUGUCGGCACUUUUACCCAAGAAAACAUCUGGUGGCUCGGGAUUGAAGCCCAACACCCGUUUUCUCAAGACCCUCGUUCGCGAAGCAGACAGUCACAAUGCGGCGUUGAAGAAGAGGGAAGAAUUCGAGGCCAGGGCACGUCUUCGAGCCAUUAAGGAUGACCGAAGAAGAUCAGAGGCCGACCGACGAACCCGAAGAGAACAUGACAGAGAUGAGCGCCACAGGUAUCGAGAAGAAAGACCAAGAAGAGAACCUGAAAGAAAGAGGCGUCGUCUGAGUCACAGCGAUUAUGAUGACCAUGAGGGGAAAAGAACCAGACACUCCAGGGAUUCUAGGGACAGCAGAUCAUCACGAAAGACUCGACGCAGUAUAAGUCCCGAUAGAGAACUCAGCAGGACUAGAGACACAGGGCGAAGGACGAGAAGAGAUGAUGGUGAUCAUGAUGAAAAGGACCAGUCUCGGCACAGAUCGCGGCAGAGGAGACGUCAAGAGAACCACAAGUCUCUGCGAUUGUCCAGGUCACGUUCCAGAUCUUUGGACAACUCCCACGACCGGAAAGACGACAUAGUCAAGAAGGCAUCUCACAAAACACACAGACAUCGCAGGCAAAGAUCUGACUCUUCAACACCAUCUGAUCCUCUGAGGUCGAUGGUUGGCCCGAUCCCUCUCGAUCAUUCCUCGACGACGGCAAGAACAACAACAACAAAACGAGGACGAGGGUUCACUUCAGGAGGUCAAUCUUCCAACAUUGAUGCGCAUUUCGAUUCCAACUAUGACCCUUCGUUGGAUGUCGGUGCCGAUCUUCUCGAAUCGGACGACGAGGCGGCCGACUGGGACAAUGCUCUGGAGGCACUUCGGGACCGCAGAGCGUGGCGCGAAAAACAAGUCGAUCGUCUCCGCGAGGCUGGCUUCGAUGAUGACCAGAUUCGACGGUGGGAGAGCAGUACGACUUCCAAAUCCCGGUUGGAUGACGGUGGUGGUGGUGUUGGAGACCCCCAGAAUGUGACGUGGUCGAAAAAGGGCGAGCAGAGAGAAUGGGACGUUGGAAAGAAGAGUGCGUUUGACCAGAGUGGUUGUGAUGAUGAUGAUGAUGAUGAUGAUGCUGUCGAUGACACGUCGUCCAAGGCUACGGAGGGCAAUGACCGAAACCAAGGGAGGAAGCGCAAAGGUGGGAGAGCAGUCGGUGAAGCGUGGCGUGGAAAGGACAAUGGCCUGUUGAAGCAAUUUCGUAGUGCGCUGGGUUGAUGGUUCUCCGGGGUUCCGAUUUGCAUGGCAAAACACCCGGGGGAUCCUACACACUGUGAAUACUUCGCGGUUCUCUCUGGAUAGCUUGCAGAGAGAGAUUAAACACCUGGUCGAAGGGGCCUUUCCAGAUUGGAAAAACAACCACAUAAUGAUCCUUCUUUUUGUUGAAAAUAAAAGUCUUAUUA